ACUAAGAUAAAUGUCACCUUAGACACAUAUAUUGUGGUGACUUUCCUAGUUUCCUUGUUCCAAAGAUCCAUAUAAUUUGGUACACAAGGAAAGUGGUAACGAGGAGAGAAAGAAGAGAGAAAGAGAGAAGGGAGAAAACUAGCUAAGAGAUUAAAAGCUGUGCAAGUUUCCUUGUAAGAGCCUCCCUUGCCACCAUUCUUUGUCCUCCUGAUUUAUGCGAAACCACGCGAAUCAUCUCGGUUGAUAGCAAUAAGAUCCUUGCCAUCUCAUGCCUUCUCCCCCUCUUCUUAUAAACAGAGGAGGGAUCUCCAAGGGGCAAACACAUCUAUCUCCCAUGCAAGCCAGCCUCAUGUCGAACCACAGCAACAUGGAGGAAGAGAAAGGGAGAGAGGAGAAGGAAGAAGAAGGAGAUGGAGAGAGACAAGAGAUCAUGUUGGUGGAUUUGGAAUCCGAUGAUAAGGAUGAUGGGGAGGGAUCGACGCCGGUGCCGCCAGUGCUCGAGCUUAAUCUUUUGGAAUCAUUUGGUAGCUCGGUGGAGGCUGAGCAGCCGGCGGCGGUGCUGAAGAGUACGUCGGAGCCAAAAGUGUUCUCGUGCAACUACUGCCAGAGGAAGUUCUACAGCUCGCAGGCGCUCGGCGGCCACCAGAACGCGCACAAGCGCGAGCGCACCCUCGCCAAGCGCGUUGCCGGCAACCUCCAGGGAGGGUUCGUCGGCGACCAUGCAGGCCGCGGCGGCGGCGGCGGAGGCGGAGGAGGAGGACCCCACUACCGCUUCCCGCCGAGCAUGGCGUCGCUGCCCCUCCACGGGUCGUACCCCGGGAGCCCUCUCGGCAUCCAGAUGCACUCCAUGGUCCACAAGCCGUACAUCGGGACGACGACGACGAUGACGACGACGACAUCGAUGGCCGCGGCCGGAUUGCUCUAUGGGAGGCAAGGGGCGUGGUCGAGGCCUCCAUCGAUCGUCAGCCGCCAGCCGGCGAUUGGAAGGCUGUUAACCGAGGAUUUUUAUGGUGCCGCCAGAGCCCCGGCGGCGAGGUUCGAUGAGUCAGCAGGACCGGCGGUUGGAGGUUUCCGGUGGACUGGUGGUGCCGGUGGCGCAGCCGGUGUCAAUCAUUUGAACGUUAGACAGGACGAGCUGCCCCAGCUUGACUUGUCUCUCAAGCUCUAGAGUAUUUCUUUAGUACUUGGUAGCUUAAUUACAAAGAGUAGCUUAAUUACAAAGAGUCCCCUUGCAAGGUUGGGAUCCUCUGCGGUGCAUAUUUUGGACUGCUAAAAAGUAAUACAUCUAUGGAUAGCUGCUACAUCAUCCAUUUUUGGAAUUGACGGUUGCUAUUUAUCUGUAGAAUCAAACAUGGUAUAUUUGGUCGCAAAUACGUAGCAAUCCAUGUUAAUCAACAUCCAUCCAUUUUCAAGAUGAAUUAUUUGGUAGCUAGCUAUCCAAAACUAUACAGUCCUCUACAGUACAAAAUACACGCCGCCGAGAAUUCAAGACAUGGAACUUGUAUGGAGUUUGGCUUCUCUUUCCAUUGGUUUUCUCCCUUUUUAUCCAUCAAUUGCCUUUUGAUUUAUGAGUAAAUGGUGAGUUCUUGAUGUUGAAUUGGAUGUCCCUUUACCUUUCGUUGGUCAUUCUGAGACCAGGUUAGCAAUCAUAAAAGAAUGUGAAUUUAUUGCAUUUAUCUAUGUACCUUCUGUAUUCUAUAUACCUUCUGUUGAUCAAUAAUUUAUAUAAAAUAAUAGUCAAGUAUCUAAUAA